GAUAUCUAUCAAUUUUGAAAAUUUGAAGAUUUCUACUGUUAGUUGAGUUUACCUGAUAUCAUCUUUUACAUGGAUUAUUUAACAAAUAUCAUAUUAUAUCUUAGCUUUUCUGGUGGAUUUUUAUUAUGCUAUUGUCUACGUCAUACCAUGAUGGGACACGUUUUAAAAUUUAUACUUUUGAAACCAGUGUCCGUAAUCUGGGUAACUAUACCAUUUGCGGUCAGAAAAAUGAUUUCAGAAACAAUCAUUUGGUUCUUAUUUGAGAGGCAUUGUGUUUAUCAAGUCGUUUAUCUAAGCUGUAUUAUUUUUGGACAUUAUAUAUUGAUAAUGGAUGUUAUAACUGUACUCUAUCGGUAUUCCUGGCUGGAGAACAAUCUGUUUCUUGGAUCUGGAUGUUUAUUCCUUAAUGGUCUGUCAUAUAUGUUGUUGUGUUUUAGUGAUCCAGGUUUUAUAACAUCACGAAAUAAAUCAGUUUAUGCACAUAUUUAUGAAUAUGAUAACUUUAUUUAUUCACCCAAACAAUGCACAAUAUGCUGUCAUAUAAUUCCAGCUAGAUCUAAACAUUGUUCUCGAUGUGACCGUUGCAUAUUUCGAUUUGAUCAUCACUGUGUUUGGACAAAUUGUUGUAUUGGUGGUCAAAAUCAUGGGCUUUUCAUAACAUUUUUAUUCUCUUUAUGCUUAAUGAUUGCCAAUGCCUUGUGGUUAACUUGUCGUAUGCUUUAUCUAUUCUCUGUUCAUGAAAAUUUAUGGCAAGCUCAUUACUUAGAUGAAUAUGAUCAAAUGCACCCAAUGGAUUGGUUAACAUUAUUACAACACUUGUUCAUGACAUUUCCUCGUGUUAUAGGGUUAACUGGCAUAUUAAUUGUAGCUGUAAUGUUAUUAAUUAAUUAUUUAACAUUUCAUAUUUGGCUUAUUUUGAUCAAUUGUACAUCAUAUGAAUAUUUUCAAGGGAAGAAGUUGAUUGCUAGUGAAAAUUGUUCAAUUAAAUAUGAUGAUGGUAAUGAUGACAGGGAGAAGAGUAGAAAGACAACAAACAAAAAGCGUCAUUUUCCUUUUACUUCAUUAUUCAACUGUAAGAUGGUGAUGAUGAUGACGGAAAGGACAAUGAUGCCUUCUAUCGUAAACCGACCAUUAAAGUCGAAUCACAGAUUAAGUGGACGAAAUCCAACCAGUACCUAUCGUAAUUUCUACAAUAAAGGUAUUAGAAAUAAUUUAUCGGAAAUGUAUACACAAAGUACAUCAUAUUCAUUACGGGAGUUGAAACAUCGUUUACCUGUACAGCUGGAAUUUAAAACUCGUUAA